UAUGUAAUACUACAUAUAUCUAUCACCAUGUCGCUGCAGCUGUUGCUGUGCCAGCUUUCGCGGCAAGGGCGAAGUCAUUACAAGGGCCCCGUUCUGGCCGCUGCACUCGGACUCGGAGGUUGCUUUUCUGACGUCCUAUCAGCCCUAACUUUGCGUGCCCUGUCAUCUCAGACUGCGGCAAGCUCAUGCGCAGCAGGGGAAUGCAACCUUGGAGCUGGGACCCUCGACAGCCCGACGGAUGGGGGCCGCACCAGCACUCCCAACCUUCAAGCCGCACCCGCCUGCUUUGCCAACCAAGCCGACGCCAUUUCGGGAGCCCCUCGUGCCUCCGGCAGCGCCCUGCACGGCUGGCGUGGGGCCUGCGACGCCACGGCCCCCAGCCCCAGUCCCAUCCGCAGCAGCGCCCCCGCUGGGAGCGCUGUAGCGGCAUUCCUCGGCGCUUCCUCCCCAGCCUCUGUCAGCCCUGCCCCACUUGACGCGUGCCGGAUCGCCUCCUGCGGCCCCUGGGACCCGACCCACUCCACCCCCACGCCGUAUAGCGGGGUGCGGCUCAUGAGCCAGGGUGCGCAGCCACAGCGGGAGCGCGCUGGCGCCAACCCCAGCGGCGGCGGCGGCGCCAACAACCCCGGCCGCGGCCCUAGCGCCAGCGCGGCCACCACCAGCAACACCUCCGCCACCCCAACGCCCAAACCACGACAGCAACAGCAACAGCAACAACAACAACAACAACAGCAGCAGCAGCCGCCAAAGGCGCGGCAGGGCGCGGGCAAGGCGCUGCAGCAGCCGCAGUCGCCGCAACCGGCCGCCAAGGAGCUGCAGCUGCGGCCGCGCAUCAGCGAACAUGACCUGGCCACAAAGCUGCGGCGCGCGGAGGGCUGGCUGGAGGAUGGGCUCAGGGUGCAGCUGGUUGUGCAAUUCAAGGGCGGCGAUGAGGAGGGCGGCAAGGCGGCGGCGGCGCUGGUGGAGAGCGUGGCGGGGCGGCUGGUGGGCAAGGGGCAGCCCAUGGGCGGCAAGCGGCAGAUGAAGAACACCUGGCUCCUGACUCUGAAGCCCGCGGCGCCGCCAACGGCCCCCAAGCAGCCGCAGCAGCAGCCCGCGGCGCCGGCUGCAGCAGCAAGCGGGCCGCCUCCCGCUGGCGAGACCGCGGCGGCCGCAUAGGGCAUGCACCAGGGCUGCUGGCGGCGGUUGUUGAUUGGCCCUGUGAUGCUGGUAGGGGAGCAGUAGGUGGGGGGCGGGGUUGUGGUUUGCUGGCGAUUGCGGCCGUUGCAGGAGUUGCUUGUUGGUGUAGCUGCCGUGCCUGCAUCCAAUCCGUGCAGUGGUGGUGUCGAGACGAGUGCAGGUUGUGUGGGUGCGUGGCUCCUCAGGUGAUUUGAUACAAGGCAUGUGUGACUACUUGUGUGUGGGGGGCGUGGGGGGGGGGGGGGUAUGUGCCCGAGCCCAAUAGGCCCCAAUAGUCAAGGAGUCGUCGCCGCUGGGGAUCCGGUUCGGGGUCGUGGGGCAUGUACAGGUGCAGCAAUGCAGCAUGACGGCUGGUCCACAUAAGUCUGAACUCUCUGAAGAUGUCCAUGCCUGAGGGCGUAUCGUUUCAAGUGUGGGAUUCUGCCUCCCAGGCUCUCACAGCCGGUCAGGCAGGGCACGCAGGCAGAUUACAGUAGGCUCAAUUGACGCGCUUGAAAAAACGCAACACGCACAAGCGAACAUGACGUUGUAGAGCCGAAGCCAGUAGGUAGCACAAGCAAGAAGAAAAGCGUGAGACUGCUGCAGAUUGCCGUGGCCGUGGUCCUGAUGCUGGCAGGAGCAGGCCAGCAACGCGUUGAGAGGGCUGGCACCACGGCGCGGACUGUGUGAUACAGGUGGCGAUGCAGGUGGCAAGGUGGGGGGCCUCAGGGCUAGUACGUAACGCAUUCUAUCUGGUGCUGCAUGCUGUGAAUGCCAACAUGCGGGACUGCAGGUUACACCUAGCAGUCG